GCUAGCCUCACCGCCUCCCCCAAUCCUCCCAAACGGCCAAGCACGAGUCCUAGCAGCCGCCCAGGAAUCCUAGGUCGCCGGGCGCCGGCGGACCCCAGCCCGCCGUGGGCGCAAGGCGGACGGCGACAAGCCACCGACGAGAGCGGCACGCAGGCCAGCGGCCUAGUGCAGGCACGGUGGCCCAGGGCUCAGCGCAGGGCGGCGGGCGGCGGCACUGCAGGAGGCCGCGGUACAACAAAGCUUAUGGAUUUGCCAGGUCCCAGAUGGAAGAGGGGCAAGGAUGGCAAGGACUUCGCGGCGCUCGCAGCAGCCAAUCCCAUGUCAAUGAUAGUUGCCGAGCUCCAAGCUUCUUUGAGAGACUCAAAACCUGUGGCCAUUUUAUCAGGGGAUGGCAAAGACGCGGUUCUUGCUGUUGGAGCACACCAAGCCGCGCUUCUGAACCGUGCAGCCUUUGGCCGGGCUGUGCAAAAUUCAGGAGAUGAGAAGCAAUGGUUCCACCUGGGCCCCGAGGAGAUGUUCUUCCUUUGCCAUGCCCUCAGGUGCAUCACAGUUGAAGCGGAGAACAAGAAGCAGAUGGGUGAAGGGGAGCUGUGGGAUCUCUUGACCUCCACCUCAGAGCCGUUCCCGGAGAUGUACAAGGCGUACGAACACCUUAGGUUGAAAAAUUGGGUUGUAAGGUCAGGAUUGCAGUACGGUGCAGAUUUUGUAGCUUACCGUCACCAUCCAGCACUUGUUCACUCAGAGUUUGCAGUAAUCGUAGUUCCAGAAGGAAAAAUGUUUGGUGCUCGAUGUGGCCGCAUGAAGGUGUGGCCUGAUCUACUCUGCGCACUUCGGGCUUCUGGAAGUGUGGCCAAGACAUUACUUUUUCUGACCAUUAGCACCCAGAACUGUGAGCUGAGAUCGUCUGAUUGUUUGGAACAGCUGAUUGUUCAUGAGAGGAUGAUCAACAGAUGGAUACCGCAGCAGUGGCGUGAGCAACAAGACAAACCGCGCAGAGAAGAAGCCAACAGGGAUGAGCAAAGACAAAAACAGUGCAGAGAAAAAGCAAUUAGGGAAGAACAAGAGGAUACAAGGGUUGGUUUAUUAUUUAGCUAUUGGGGUGUAGUACUAGGCUUUACAGUUCUUUCUAGCUUACUUGUCUACAAACUCAAACUUUGACUGAAGAGCUUAAUAUUUCUGUAUACUCAUGUUGGUAAACGGGAAUUUUCUGCCCUAUUGAAUCCUAUGAUCGUACUUUGUGAUCCUCCUUGAGGUUUCUAGAUAUCCAGGCUAAUAUCAUCGUCUGACUGCACUUCACUGCAGAUUGCAUAAUAUGUGUAUUAUUAUUUCUGGGUAAGCGUAUUAGGCCUUCAAGACUGCUAUGACAUUUAUGCACUCUGGUGGCAUAGAAAACUUCUAUCUGCAUCACCGACACCACUGGAGCAUGUUGAAAAAAUGAGAUGACAAAUCUGCUUACAGUAUAUAGUUUAAUUGGCAUCAUUUUGGGGAUUUAUAUAGUCAAGAAGGUGACUAGGGAAAGACUGACAUUCACAAUUGCAUCUGCUUCAUCUCUAUUUAUUUGAGGCUCCCAGCUUUUUUGUGUAUGAUGCCUACUCUAUCUGGUACCGGAGGGGCAGGUCUCCCCUAGUUCGUGCGUCGGGCAUGGCAUCUGGCUCAAGCACAUUGGUCAGGAACGCGAGCCUGCCAUUCUUAGUGCACCCCAUCCAUGUUCCUCCACCAAGCACAUCCCUGCCUCCAAGAAUCAUCUUUGAGCCUUUCUCCCCACCAUCCUACUGCCUUUGUAGGCCUACAUUAGUUCGUCGGAACAACAGAGAAGCUCUGAGCACUGAACACCCAGCAUUGUUGUUUUGCAGUGAGCAACCUGUCUAUUGGUUUCUCUAACAGCAUUUUCUUUACGAGAACUGAUUGAACAAUAUUAGCAUACAUGUCAGUGAAGUUUGCAUCGCA